AUGCCUAGGGUGCCUGAACGUGCGAAGCUGCACUUGGUCAUGACUCUCUGGCAGUUUGGUUAUGCUGGGAACCAUAUCAUCUUGAGAUCUGCACUUAAUAUGGGAAUAAGCAAGAUAGUUUUCCCUCUUUAUCGGAAUGCUAUCGCACUGUUUGUUCUGGCUCCCUUUGCAUAUUUUUCAGAGAAGAAUGACAGGCCACCAUUAACCACUUCAAUUUUGAUAGAAUUUUUCCUCCUCGGAUUUAUUGGGAUAACAUGCAAUCACGGAUCCUAUCUUCUGGGUUUGGACAAAACUUCACCUACCUUUGCCUCUGCUACAGAGAACAUUGUUCCUGCUGUAACCUUUCUCAUAGCUGCGCUACUCAGAAUAGAGCAAGUGCAUUUGAACAGGAAAGAUGGUAGAGCUAAGGUGCUUGGAACUGCUGCUUCUGUUGCUGGAGCUUCACUCAUUACCCUUUACAAGGGGCCAGCCAUUUAUACACCAAAUUCACAUUUACACCACCAAUCACGAGUUUUGCUUUCUUUAGGAGAUGACGAGGGGGAGAAUUGGACCUUGGGUUGCAUCUAUCUCAUUGUUCACUGCCUAUGUUGGUCAAGUUGGAUUGUUUUACAAGCACCCCUCUUGAAGAAAUAUCCGGCUCGGCUUUCGGCCACCUCAUAUUCUUGCUUCUUCAGUGUUUGGCAGUUUCUGGCAAUUGCAGCAUACUUUGAGAAAGACUCUCAAGCCUGGCAAGUUCAUUCCAGUGCUGAACUUUUCAGUAUUUUCUAUACGAUUUCAAUGUGUUUGUACAAACUAUACAAACUUCAACAAGAUUAUCUCUAUCUCUACAAAUGGCCCUCUUCUAUGUCCCACACACACUAUUUUGUUUACAAUAUGAUCUCCUUUUAUAGGAGAAGCUUCAGGAGAUAGAUAAACAAUAAAAGUGGUUGUAAGAGACAAACUUGAUAUUUUGGAGACAAGUUGGAUAUUUAGAGACAAGCUUGAUAUUUCUAGACAAGUCUGAUAUUUAGAGCAGCUAUCUAAGACUGUUGAGGAGUUACUGUUCGCACUUUGGUUGAUAUUUAACAGAACCUACGUACUUCAUCACUAUGAGAUUGACAUGUGCCCCCAUUUUUGCAUGUUAUUCUAUUUUUCUUUGCCCUUUUCCUAUGAAGUUGAUCACUGCAUGGGAAUAAAGUUGCCGUGUUCUCAUAUUAUUCCUACUGAUAUGAAACUUAAGAGGUGGCCGUAAUGAUUUAUUGUGCCAUGGUAGAGUGUUGGACCGUUGGUAAACUGAAAAGCAUCAGUCCAGCUUCAAAUACUGGCAGUGCAUUUCUAGUUCUGAUCUUGUACAAUUAUUCAUGUGAAGCAUCAGCAUUUGGCAAAAAGAUUUUCUUAAUAUUCACUUGCUUAAGGCAGUUUUAGCUGAUGCAUUCACAGAAGAAAUUUUAAGCAAGAUCUUCAAGGGCCAUGAAAGGCGAACCAUCAAGGCAGUUUGACGAGGAUGCUGACUGGCACCAGAUUUGGAAUUUACAAGUCCUAGGAAGUACAAAGCAUUUUAUAUGGAAAGCUUGUCAUGAAAUUCUAUCAACAAAGAAAAACUUGGUAAUAAACAGGUACUGGAUUCUCCUGUGUCUAAUUUGUAAUAAACAAGUGCAUCACAUUUCAUUAGCGCAGAAUGUGUUGCCAAAAAUUAAGGAUGCAAUGAAAUUGAAAAUAAACUAGCUAUUGGGCAAAGUACGUUCACUCGA